GUUGAUGAUCUGUCAUUAUAAGUGUCAUCGUCAGUCAGACAAGAAACAGAAAAGUGGAAACUGGAAAUUGUUCAUUCAUUUCAGGCAAGAAAUAUCCGCAACGUUGACAAAUUUUAUUUACAAUGGCAGACAAAAGGAAAACUAAAAAGCGUAAAGAGGAGUUUGGCGAACCAACUGAAUCUGAGAAGCCGACAAGCCAGGAGUUAUCGGUGGCGAAAUGGCUGAAGGCCAACGUGCCUACAAAGAAGACCAAGUUCUUGAACCAUCAUGUCGAGUAUUUCACAGGCGCAAAAGCAGUUGACGCGCUACUAACGUCCAAAUGGGCUACGGGGAAGAACCCGGUCUUCACCACGCGCCAUGACGUCACGGACUACCUGCAUCAGAUGCUCUUGCACAAACUAUUCCACAGGGCUAAAAAGGUGCCGGUCACUGAACAAGAGUUAAAGGGAAAAUCCAAAAAGAAAGAUGCAGAUAAGACCAGCAAGAGUGGCGACGAGAAAGACGGAGAGAAAAGCCAGGCCAGUGCCUGUGAGGGCAAGGACAAAGACAGCAAAGACAAAGAGAAAGAGAAAAAGAAACGCAAGAUCCGUCUCGAGAUGCAUCUGGACCAGGUGUUCCUGGAUACAGCGGAUGCUUACGUGUGGAUCUACGACCCGAUGCCGUGGUACUACUGGGUGUGCGGCGCACUGGUCGUCUUGGGCACCAUCGGAGUUUGUAUGUUCCCGCUGUGGCCCGCUACUGUCAGAAAAGGCGUGUACUACCUAAGUAUCGCAGCGGCCGCAUUCCUGGUCAUGAUAAUCGCUCUUGCCGUGCUACGUGUGGUCGUGUUCUGUCUCGUAUGGGUGCUGACGCUGGCUCGUCACCACUUGUGGCUGCUGCCCAAUCUUACUGAGGAUGUUGGAUUCUUUGCUUCCUUCUGGCCGCUUUACAAGUACGAAUACCGCGGGCCGGGUUCGGACAGCGAUAAAGCUGCCAAAAACAAGAAGAAGCGGAAGAAAGACAAGCAGUCGGACGACGAGGCCGAGAAGCCUCUUCUGCCGGAGCCGCGGCCGGAGCCCGAGGCUAAGGAAAAUGUGGAAACGGAAGCUAAGCGAAAGUUUGGAUGGCGGAAGAAAGAAAAGCAGUCGGACGACGAGGCGGAGAAGCCUCUUCUGCCGGAGCCCGCGGCUAAGGAAGAUGUGGAAACGGAAGCUAAAGAGGACGCUCCGACCCAAGACAAAUCGGAAUCCGAAUCCGAGAACAGCCAGCGCUCGUCCACCGACCGAGACUUCGAGAUGGUCGACCCGGCUGACCUGGAGCCCGACCCGAAUAACACAUAAGUGCUUAUCCAACGCGGGCUGGGACAGGGUAUACUUUGUAGGUUGGUACUGUUUGUAGUGAGAGGCACUUGUCCCGACGGAAAAGCGAGUAAUUGCUAUAGUCUGGUCCGUGAGCACGUAGAAUUUUGUCCAAUGACCCCAAGCUACCCAUCCUUAUCACUUGCGCGUAAUUAUGUUGCUAUCGCGCUUGCACACUCAGUGCGGGUGCCAGUCGCACAGUCGCGACAGCAAUAUAAUUACGCGCGAGCGAUAUGGAUGGGUAGCUAGGGGUCAUUGGACAAAAUUCUACGUGCUCAUGGACCGGGCUUUAACUAUUAUAUUUGUUCGCUCAAGAAACAUACAUUAAAGUCUGUGCUUACCAUUAAGCGACAGCCCACAUUGAGUGACAAAACGCGGCCAUAUAACGUAUGCGCACGUCAUUCAUUUCAUAUAUUAGCUGUCGUUGCGACUCCGCGACAUGUCGCGACGACAGGCUAAUAAUAUGAAAUGACGCGCGCAUGCGUUUUGUGGCCGCGUCUGUCGCCGCGUUUUGUCGCCAAUGUGCGCUGUCGCUAAACAUACUCGCUAGCGACUGACGACCGAUAAAAAUACUUGAAUGUAUUAUAGCACCCCUGGAGGGUUACUUUCAAGAACUAAAAUAGUCGUAGAUUUUUAGGGUUUUACAACGAACCUUUUUACGCAUUCGUUAGCGAGUACGUUCAAUGUAAACUCAUGGUAGAGCUACUGAACGUCAAGUUGUGUCACUGUGCUUUAAGCCUUAUCUUAAUAGGUAAAACUUGCCCAAUCUGAUCAUUGAAUGGUGACCAAAUCGGCCAAAUAUUACCUACCAGCACAAUGACACAACUUGACAUUGACGUUUCUUUAAAUAGUUAUUAGAUAGGCUGGGUUGCGCCAUCUUAUUUUAACUUUGACAAAUGUCAAAAAACUGUCAAACUCCAUACAAAAACACCGAUUAACGUUAUAGUUACCUUCAAAGAUAGGUGGUGCAACUCAGUUAACAGUUAGUCGUUUUCUCUUUGGCGGAGGGAUAAGUGCCAUAGACAUUGAAAAUACGCAAUCUAUUGUCGAUACACAUGUGACAAAUAUUGCAUGAGUAAGUUGCAUAUUUUAUAAUAAUAUGUAGUAGUUUGAUGUUGUGUAUCGUCAGUAUAUUACAUAUUUUUAUGUUAUAUAUGUAUGUGUGAAGGUAUAGCAACUAGUGUUGAUAUCAUAUCUUCAUUAUAUGCAGAUGUAAUAAAUAAAUAUUGAAGCGAAAUUCUUGCAUAGCCAGCCAUGAUGUAAUUUUGGUAAUAUAGAAUUAUAAAAAUGUCAAUGUAAAAUUUUAUUAGUAGUUUUUAUAAUAAUUUGUUUUCUUUUUAUAAAUAAAUUACUGGCAUUGUAUUAAAUGCAUUUGUAAAAAGGUAAUCAUUUUAGCUAUUUUAAGAUGUGUAUUAUGUAGGAAUGACAU